AUGCUCCAGCUGGAUGGCACCAAGUGCAGUUUCCUGUUCUGCCUGGGAAUCUGCAUGUUCAUCUGCUCAGUCAUCUACCUGAGUGCCAAGGACCCUACAGAUCCCAAGGGUCAGCGCAGGCCCCUGGGCUGCAGGCCCUUCUCCCAGUACUGCCAAGCCUUCCUCCCCAGCACUGCAGGCUCGCCAGCAUGGCAACGCCACGACUGCCAGGUGGAGAGCUAUCUUCUGCGUAUGGGGGGUGGAGGCAGGAACCUGGACUGCUCCCGCCUGGUGAGGGAGCUCCACUUCAUCACCAGCCCACUGAGCCGCGAAGAGGAAGACUACCCUCUGGCCUUCAUCCUCACUGUCCACAAGGAGCUGGAGCUGCUUGUGCGCCUGCUGCGGGCCAUCUACGCGCCCCAGAAUGUCUACUGUGUCCAUGUGGACGUCAAGGCUCCAAAGGAGUACAGGGAAGCUGUGAAGAGCCUGGUGGGCUGCUUCCCCAACGUGUUCCUGGCCAGCCGCAGCGAGAUGGUGACCUACGCCGGCUUCUCGCGGCUGCAGGCAGACAUCAACUGUAUGAGGGACCUGGUGGAAUCGCCGGUGCCCUGGAGGAAGGUGGUCAACCUGUGUGGCCAGGACUUCCCCGUCAAAAGCAAUCUGGAGCUGGUGCGCUACAUGCAGAGCAAGGAGUGGAGGGACAGGAACAUGACCCCGGGCAUCAAGCAGCCGGCGUCCAUGAGGCACCGGACUCAGCUGAGUUACAGGGAGGUCAGGGGCUCCCACUCGGCCCCCAAGCGAGGAGCCCCAAAGAAGGGUGCUCCACCCCACGGGGUGCAGAUAUACUUUGGCACAGCCUACUACGCGCUAACCAGGACCUUUGUGGAGUUUGUACUGAGAAGUCAGGUGUCCAGGGACUUGCUGGAGUGGUCCAAAGACGCAUUCAGCCCAGAUGAGCACUACUGGGUGACACUCAAUCACAUCAAAGGUAAAGGCUUUAGAACCACUCAUAAAAAGCAACUUUCUAAUACAGUGGCCAAUAGAAGUUAAUCUCCACAACACAAUUGGUACUGAGUUUAUGUCAAUAUAUAGGGACAUUUCGAACUGUUACAUCCGUGAGGAAAACGGAUGAGACUUCUACAACACUAGACCUUUCCAUGAGUGCAUAGCUAUGCUACACACAGCCUUUCCAAUUUGAAAUGCAUUCCAAAAGCAAAUACCUAGGAGACGAAAAACCUAUGCGAAGUCCAUAAAUCCUGGCGGCCUAGUACCUGUGAGUUCAUGUAAGUUCAUGAAAGGCUAACUUAAAUGUAUUUGAGGUGUUCACUGUUCAAAUAUUACUUUUAGCCUUUAUAAAGGGCUUAGUAGGUAAGAGCGUUGUGCCAGUAACCGAAAGGUCGCUGGUUCUAAUCCCCGAGCCGACUAGGUGAAAAAAUUCUGUCGAUGUGCCCUUGAGCAAGGCACUUAACCCUAAUUGCUCCUGUAAGUCGCUCUGGAUAAGAGCGUCUGCUAAAUUACUAAAAUGUAAAAAUGUAAAUAAAGCUUGAAACUUAAAAGGAAUGUGUUCAACAUGCCCACACUGUUUCAAGUACAGUAGACCAGCCUAGCACAAUCCAUUUUAUUUUAUUAAGCAAUUUCUACAUGAGCAGUUGUCACAAAGUGCUUUACAGAUACUCAGCCUAAAUCCCCAAACAGCAAGCAAUGGAGAUGCACAGUGGCUAGGAAAAACUCCCUAGAAGGACUUAAAAUUAAGUUAGGGGGAAUUCAUUCGUACUGAUUUUUUUGCGGCUUGCUUUAUCUACAGUAUAUGAGUAGAUCAGUGUCCCGUGAAUCACUGAUGACAUUCAAAAGGCUAUGAAUACUGAAAUGUGAGAAUGAGAUAUAAUCUGUUUUGGAUCGGUUAUCUGCUCUUAGAAGCGCCAGGAAGUCAUGUAGACGGAGGUUGGAGCGGCGAGAUCAGGGCGAUAAAAUGGAGGGACCAAGAGGGGACUGAACACAACGGAUGCAAAGGUACAACAACUCCUGAUCCCAGUCAUUGUCAGUUUCCAGUCUUGAACUCACUUGUCUAGGGCAUUUUUUGCUCCUUGGUUUCAGAUUAGAUUAGCAAGUAAACAGUUUACACAACAGCAGUUGAUAGGAUUUGACACUGAUCUGAUCUGCAUGUCCUUUCUGCUGCUGCUCGUCUUUCCGCAGGCCGUUAUGUCAGGGACAUCUGCAUCUACGGUCUGGAGGAUUUGCAAUGGAUCAUCAACAGAAACAGCAUGUUUGCCAACAAGUUUGAGAGCAAGACCAUCCCAGAAGCUUUGGACUGCCUGGAGCAGUGGCACAGGGACAAGGUCCUGCAGCAAGCCACGGUUCCCAUCCAGUCAUGGUGGCAACUUGCCACGCAAGGCAACACUACCGCUCUUUUCAAUGCCACAGUGGGACUUUGA